ACUUCUUUACAGAUCUUUAUCUAAUAUUCCUAAUAUUGAACAAGAAGACGAAGACGUAAAUAUUACUGAUAAUGAUGAUGAUAAUUUAACUGAGAAUCAAAAUAUUAUGGAAUCCAGCACGUCUCUCAACGAUUCUCAUCAAACAGUACACUCGCCUCCUACAACUUCUAAAACAAAAAAAACAAAAUUUGAUAGAGUUUCUGAUUUACUAAUUGAGAAUAAAGAUGCAAGAAUAAAACUUAUUGAGACGUUAAACAACAAGAAGAUGUAUUGCGAGGAAGAUGAUAUAGACACUUUUUAUAAAAGCAUAGCAAUGUCAGUUAAACGCCUGCCGCCAUCAUUAAGAGCUGAAGCGAAGAUGCAACACCUUCAAAUACUUAGUAACCUGGAAAUGAAAAAUAUUCAAAAUGAACAUCAACAGUUAGCUUAUUCUCAACCUCCAAGACAGAUAGAUAACGCAACCAUUCAAACUUUUAAUCCUACUUCUUUCGAAAGUUAUCCACCUGCAGCACACCAACAACAAGGAUAUUAUCAAUUAUAAGCAUAAAAAUAUUAAAACAUUUUUAUUUUACUUAAA